CAACCAUUUCGCUCUCCGACUCGCCGUCUCUGUCUGUCGCAGUCUCCGGCUACCACCAGCAGAGUUCCUCUCACUUUCUGCGUGUGUUGGAUGUUGAGUUCUAGGAAAUGUCUGUCAAUUGAAUGCUCAAUAUGGAGAAACAUUGUUAUUGCUUAUGAUGUUCCUAGUUCCUUUGCAAUAAUUCUCAAAUUUCUUUAUUGAUCAAAUUAUUAAUUUCAGUCAUUACAAAUUUCACCAAGAGAGGAAAAUGAGUAAUACGAAGAAGUACGGAUUACAACUUAGAGUUCCACCAUCCCAGCAGAAAAAGCAGCCCACAAGACCUCCCCUUCCUACUCCACUUGGUUUUGACGACGACGACGACGAUUCUGUUGAGAGAGACAUUUUGCGCCAAGCCUCUAAAAACAAAUCUCUCAAAGAUAUUGAAGAGCAGCAUAAGAAGGCUCUUGAAGAGGAUCCAUCAGUGUUUGAGUAUGAUGGAGUGUAUGAUAAAAUGAAGGAGAAAUCAGUACAGCCCGUAGUACAGGACCGCCAAGAUAGAAAGCCAAAGUAUAUUCAAGCACUUAUUGAAAAGGCUAAAAUACGAGAACGAGAACACGAGAUAAUUUACGAGAAAAAACUAUCCAAAGAGAGAAGCAAAGAUGAGCACGUCUACGCUGAUAAAGAUAAGUUUGUUACAAGUGCUUACAAAAGGAAACUGGCAGAGCAGGCCAAAUGGCUGGAGGAAGAACGAAUUCGUGAACUGAGAGAGGAGAAAGAGGAUGUUACAAAGAAGACUGACAUUAGUGACUUCUACUUUAACCUUGGGAAAAAUGUUGCUUUUGGUGGUGGAGUGGCCGUCUCAGGGAAGCCGAAAGAGAAGCAAGAAGAAAUGGUGAUUCAAUCACAAGAAUCAACAGAAAGUGUUGCUCCGGCCACCAAUACAAGCACAGAAUCAUCUAGGCUGAUAAAGAGGCAACAUAGGGAAACUUCUGAGGAUCGAUCUUCAGAGGAAAAAAUUGUAGAGGGAUUUGCAGAGCCUGUUUCUGAUGCUUCCACACAAGAUCAAGCUGCAGCCAAGCCAUCUACUACUAAUCAACCAAGACCUGAACAUCACAAAAGAAGUGACGAUGCAGUGGCAGCAGCUAAAGAGCGGUUUUUGGCACGGAAAAGGGCAAAAGAACAAUGAGUUUCCUGGUGACGUAACUUCUUCGAGAAAGAAUAUGCUCAAGCAGUCAAGCUACACCAAGUACUCGUGGCAUGUUUGUUAGGUGAAAUGGAAAAUACUGGACAGCAUAAAUGUAACAAAAGAAGCUAAAAUCUUCAUUAUUAUGUCUAAUACUAUCCAUUACUGGGUACCAAAUGCACACUUAAUGUUGAAAAAUUUGAUUGAUAACAUAUAUCUAAGUACGAGUCAGAUCUAUUGAGGUAAAUA